UGCUACGAGUUUCCGCAUAGCUGGGCUAGCAUGUUGGAGUGUUUUUGUUCUGGGUUCGGGCGGCCCCGCCCCUCUGGUUGUGGCGCGUACUGACGCCCGUGACGCCUUUCCACGUCGCAGUCGAGUCCAACAGACGAGGGAGCUGCGUAUGUCUGCGUGUCUCCAGCUAGGCUAGUAGGGAGUGAUGGCGGCGCCCGUCCUGAGAGUGUCCACCCCGCGGUGGGAGAGAAUAGCCCGGCUUGUAGUUUGCUUGCUGGGUGUACUAUUGUCUCUUUAUGCUUUUCACGUCGAGAGGGAAAAGGCCCGGGAUCCGAGUUAUCGGGCUAUGUGCGACGUCAGCAGCUCCAUCAGCUGUUCCAAAGUGUUCAGCUCAAGGUGGGGUCGAGGAUUCGGACUCCUGGGCUCAAUUUUUGGAAACGAUAGUGCCCUGAACCAACCAAACAGUGUCUAUGGAAUUGGCUUUUAUGCUUUUCAACUCCUACUAGGAAUGACUGUGAGUGCAAUGGCCGCCCUCAUUCUCAUGACGACGUCCAUCCUGUCGGUGGUGGGCUCGCUCUACCUGGGCUACAUCCUCUACUUCGUCCUCAAGGACUUGUGCGUCAUCUGCAUCACCACAUACGCGCUGAACUUCAUUCUCUUUAUCCUCAACUACAAACGACUGGUUUACUUGAACGAGGCCUGGAAGCAGCAGCUCCAGACCAAGCAGGACUAAAAAAGCUGCCCCCAUUGUGACACAAACAAAUAGAAAUGUGACUGACUGAACAUUUUGACUUGCCACCAGGAGACCUUGCUUUCAAACCAUGUUUAUUCUGCUGUGUGUUCCAAAAGAAAACAACAAAAAAAAAAGAAGAAACCUAACCUGAAGCUCACUGUCGAUUGGAAACGCGGAAGGAUUUGUUUUAUUUUCAAUUCCUCAUCAAUUGUCGAAUAUUGGAGUCACUGGAGGAAGUUGCCAUGAGGCAGAGCAGCAAUACGCUAAGGAUGGAGGACCGCUAAGGAUCUCAGCGGAGACCAUGGCGCCACAUCAAAGCAGUAAGAUGGCGGAUUCAAAAAGUUUGGAGGGAACAAAACAACACAGAAUUGUUUUUUUUCCUUCAUGUUUACACUUUGUAGUUUUUUUUGUAUUUUCUUAGGAGGACCACUAAAAAUGAAGGUGAGAUGUUGCGUGUAGAUUGGUCAGGUCAUUUUGUUUUCCAAUUCUGUAAAUAGCUGCUGAGCAAUAUUUCAGGCUAGAUCAAUUGACAUUUGAAAAAAAACAAAAAAAAAAACGGAACAAAAAGGCGAUGAAGGUGACAAUUGAUGGAUGUUUGUGUUUGCUGGUGAAGAUUUAUUCUUUCAUCCAAAGCCACAGACACAAAAAACUAAACAAGCUUGCGGCAAACACCAUCACUUCUGUUCAGUGUGCGUUUGCGUCAUAACGACUUAUGUGCCUAAUGCAUUGUUCAUUGGAUUAUACUUUACCCGCUUAUUUUUUAGAUCACUUUUUGUAUUGUAAAAUACCAGUUGAGUGUUUUCUCCCACCCCACUCCACCCACCGGUCUCACACGGUAGCAAAGGCUGCUACACUGUGAUGGUCUGCUUCUGUGUACUCUUACACUCCACCGACACCGAACUGUAACGGUGAUGCCGCCGAGCGGAGUUACGGUUCAUUUACCCGUCAAGCCAUACGUUGUUCCCUUCGCUUUUGCUCAUACUUUAGGGGCGAACAUCCGACAUGGAAGUUGAUCCCAGUUAAAGGAAUCUUUGGACAGAUGAGGACGGAGUAUUAGGGCCACACUGAUUAGAACCACCCCCACCCCGAUGAUAAUAAUAACGUUGAAAUAUUACAACAUAAAUGUGAGAAUAAAGUCAAGUUAUCCAAGCCCGCAUAAAUGGGAGGGAAUUUUACCCAUCAUUCCCAAUCCUUAUGUGGAACAUGAACACAUGUCUUUCCCUUUUAAGUUAAUAUGAGCUAGCUUACAAUACUGUCAUUGGGAUACACCUAUUUGGACUAUGAAGCCCUCUAAGAAACCUCUACCGACGUUGCAUGGUUUGAUGGACAUGUGAUCAUGCAUGUAUGUAACGGUUGCAGUAUCUUGCUGUACUCUGAUGAUUUAAAACACUACCCAAAUGUCUUUUCUAGGCGCAUUGAUACACAUACUUCUGCUAGUCCUGUCAACAACAACAACAACAGCAUAGAUACAGCGACAACACUUAACGAUGUCCGAGCUGCUCGGGGGACGGCUGUGUCUUUUUCGUGAGGAUAAGCGGCAUAGAAAAUGGAAUUAUGGACGUUAACUGCUACAAUAAUAAUAUGGUUGUAGCUUGGUUAAUAUAUAAGUCAGUAUAUGUAUGUAACUGAUGUCUGUUGUUAACUAGCUUAUAUUACCUAAUUUACUUGUGCCAGAAUGCACAGAAAAGGGAAAUGAAUAUGUUCAUGUUUCAUAUAAGGAUUGUGAUUGAUGGCCAAAAUUCCGCUUUAAUACUAUUAUGAUACCCACCCAUGUGUCUUGUGUAGGUUCUCGGUAUUCCCUCGGUACGGUAUUCCCUUUAGGAGUGAUGUCUCACUCCAUUACAAUGUGACAAGAUUUCUCUUUCAGAAAACAAACUGUCACAGUUUGGGUGAUGAUGAUAAAUUAAUUAAUCGCACAAUUAACAAAAAUGUACUUGGAUACUCUGGAUGAGGGUUCACUCUGUGCAUUGGUCUCCCAGACACACACCGUGUAGAAGAGCGUAACGUAUAUUAAUGGGUGUUUUUCGGGCCGUGACUAACAAUUAUUUUUCUUGUCGAUUAAUCGUGUUAAACGGUGGUGCCGUAGACAAACCAGAAUGAAGCAAACACAAAGAAUCAUACAUCUUACAUUCAUAGAUGAUUAAGGAAUUAUUUUUCAAUUUCCCAGGCUGAAAUCAGGAUAUUUACUAUUUUUAAUUUGCAAAAAACUAUUAAUUGAAGACCAAAACAGUUUAAUCGUCGAUUAAUUGUUGCAGCGGUAAUUCCCCUAAUGUUUCUUGCAAUAUUCAGUCUUUUCUUUUUUCUAGAAAAAGUAUGAUAUGACUGAUUUCUGAUCAUAUUCCGACUUUAUUCUCAAAACGUCACACAUUAUAAUGCUGCUGUUUUCCUUUUAAUGUGACUUAACUGCAAUAUUAACCCUAUAAGGGUCCCUACAGGACUUAUUGGUCUUUAAUUCAAAAGUCGUUUAAGGCACAUUUCUGCUAUUAUUGUUGUAAUAUUUUAAUGAAUGAAUGAAUUUUCCGUGAUUUUCCUUCCCGGUAUGCCCCUAAUACUCCAUGGCACAUUUCCACGGACUUAGAUCACUCAUACUGUGAGUCACAGGACAAUCUCAGUACACUACUGUGUUGAUUUAAUACAUCUAUACGGUCAGCGCCCCCGGCCCCCUACCACCUUCUCCCCCCAGCCCCAAACAGAUCUAUAAGGUCAGCGCCCCCAGCCCCCAAUAGAAUCUAAGCGUGCUCUCAGCAGUGUUUGGUAAAGGGAUGGAUAUGUUUUGUCAAUAGCAAGUGAGGAAAAGUCAUUUGAGUGAUGUGCUUCCUGUAAUAACUGACUUUUUUUUGUACAAAAGCUUUUCCUACGUUGUUGUCUAAAAGUCUUGUUUGUUUGAUUCCGUUAAUCACUCAUCAUCACCAUCAUCAUCAUCAUCAUCCAUACAUCAACCGCUUCCCGUCUCCUCCCAGCCGAAUGUGAUCACGUAUGAAACAAAAAAAGUUCUACCUCAAAGGUAGAUGGUCAUGUGACGGACCGGAUCCGAUACCUCCUCCCAAAAAAAUUAACACUGUGGAAUGUUUUGGAGAUGAUUUGGUGGUUGAGUUGAUGUUGAUGUCACUAUUACCCCCCCCCCACACCGACGCGCAGUACAGCGGAACCCGCUUAUGUCGUCCGUUCUCGUUUUUACUAAAAAGCGUUUUGUUGACAUUAAAUUAGACCCAUCCAUCCAUUUUUCAGCUAUGCCGGAGCCUAUCCCAGCCGUCGGGGCACACACGCUAACCACCCGGCCACCGUGCUAUGAAAAGUGAAUGCGUUUAUGUCAACAUGUGUGUCAGUAUUUCUAACUUCAGUAUCUCCGAGCUGCGUGAAAUGACAAUAGCAUGUGUGCGCACAGUCGGUGACUUCCUGUUCAGUGCAAAAUAAGUUUCAAAAUAUAUAUUUUUUAAGUUAGUCACCAGAAUUAGAUUAGCACAUUUGGUAGAAUGUUGUUGUCAUGGGUAAUCAAGGCAAACAUCAAAAUGUCUGCAGCAGCACUCUUUAAAAAGGGUGACCAGUUUUUCCAGUCAGUGGCUUCCUGUUCAGUGCAAAAUAAGCUUCAAAAUAUUUUUUUUUAAAGUUAGUCACCAGAAUUAGAUUAGCACAUUUGGUAGAAUGUUGUUGUCAUGGGUAGUCAAGGCAAAUAACAAAAUGUCUGCAGCAGCACUCUUUAAAAAGGGUGUGACCAGAUGCCCUGUUUUUCCAGGACAUGUCUCCUGCUUUAGAAAGUGAUGAAAAUAUCCUGUUUUUAAAAAUUCUCUUUACAAACAAAAAUACUGGUUGCUAGGCCGGGUGGUCUGGAUUUUUCAGUCCUCAAAUAAAAGUUAGCUAAACGUGGGGGGCGUGGACAUAAACGGGUUCCACUGCGUUAUUAUUUAUCUAUUGCGGGUGUCCUACUAGCACAUCGGGUGUUGUAUCGCGUCAACUUGCUACAUUUCAAGCAAACUGUGAGUACUGAUUAUAUAAAUGGUUACUGUAGGGAGAAUGAACAAUUGAGGAUGCUAAGCUAUUUGGCUUUAAAGGGAUCGAUGUGCAACAAGUGUAAAGUUAAAGAGGUUAAAAGGUUAAAGCUUUUGAGUAAACGUUGAGUCGGGCCCCGAGUAAGACGUUGGUUGCACGGCCACCGAUGCCAACUUAAGUGCCUUCUGUUUAAUCGCUAGGCCUCGAGCCAAAGACAGGCAGCAGUGAUAGCCUUUUAAAAAUGUAACAGGCACUGGCAAAUUGGAAAAAUCACCCCCCCCCCCCCACCACCACCACCCCCCCCCCCCCAAACAAAAGCCCUGACCAUUCUUUCUUUACACCCUCCCACAUGUUACUUUGUCAUGUUUUCAUCCAAAGGAUUGUACUUGUUCAUCAUGGAUUCUGCCCUUUAGCUGCAUGGACUGUUAACAUUCUGGGUUAUUUUUCGUAAAAAAAAAACAAAACAAAAAAAACA